AAAUUGAGCAAAUAACAAAUUAACAACAAUUUAAAAAAAAACAGCAAAUACAACAAAUAAAACUCUUAAAACUAUUGAAAACAAGCCAAGUGUAUAAUUUCUAAGAUAUUUGAAUAAUAAAUAGUGAAACAAUUUACAAACAACAACAAAAAAAAAAAGAAAUUAAAAUUUUCACACGAGUCCAGAAACAACAAACAAAAAUUUUAUAAUAAAAACAUAAAAAUAUUAAAAGAAAAGUAGUAAAAAAAAAACAAGUGAGAAUGAAAAUUAUAAUGAAAGCUGAAGGUGUGAAAAAAUUUAUAAAAAAAUUCAAAAAGAACAAUUGAAAACUAAAGAUACAGAUUUAAAGAAAACAAAACCAGCUGCCUUAGCAACUUAUUUGAACAAAUAAAAACUAAAAAUAAAUUAAACAACUAACAAUAAAAUAAUAAUAAUAAAAAAUAAAUAAAUAAAAAUGAAAAUGAAAAAAGUUAAACCCAACCUUAGAGCAAUGUUUAACUUUCACACCAUUAUCCUGGUGAUAUUGAUGGUGGUGUUGUCAACUUUACACUCACACACCAUUGAGGGGAAACUUCAAACGAAUCACAAACAUCAUCAUCAUCACUACAAACAACAUAAUGUUGUUGGCGGCGGCAUUGAUACAGAUAUUGAGAAUGUUGCCGAUAAGCUAGAACAACAACCUGGACAUCAUAAUCAUCAACAUUCCCAGCACCACCACCAACAGCACCAUCAUCAACAUCAUCAUCAACCACAUCAGCAGCAAUAUACCGCCACACCUAGUUUAGAAUUUACAACCAGCUCUUCAGCUUCAUCGUCUUCCGCUGCAUUCAUGGACAGUGAUAAUGAGUUUUUAAUUAAACAACAAGAACUGCCGCUUACUAAUAAGGACGAAAUCUAUUAUAAAACAAAAGAUCUUAAAUCAUCUUCAGCCACAUCGUCGACAACCUCAAAGCCUUCACUUUCUAUACAACUUAUGAAGCAACAUGUUGGUAACAUGAAAACGUCAAGUUCAAACACCACCACCACCACCACAACGGCCAUGCAAUCUGAAACUUUGUCUAAUUCUAGACAGGAACACACCCAUCUGAAACAUUACAACAGCAAAAGAUUAAUUUCAACGCCUUCAACAAAACAUCAGGCCAGCAGUAGUGGUGGUGAUCAUGGUGAUGGUGAUGGUGGCAUUGACAACAAUCGCUCAGACACAAUUGCAACAAUGUACUCAGUUCCAAAUGAAAAUUCUAAAUGGAACCUGGCAACAACAAAAGAUAAUGACGACAUUAAAUUAAACAAACCAGCUGAACAUCAAAAUCAAACUCAUAAUGAACAUCAUCAUCAUCAACGUGAUCGUGAUCAUGAGCAUGAUCAGAAGAUGAAACCAGAACAACCGGCUCAUCAGAAUUAUGAAGAUUAUUAUUCGGAUGCAGAGGAUGAUGAUGAUGACGAUGACUACAACGAAGAUGAAGGUGAUAACGACAAUAUCGAUGGCAUUUCAUAUGACGAUGAUAACAAUUUAAGUGAUCGUUCGUAUGCCAGGAUAACUCGUUCUAAACUUGAUGACGAUUAUAUUGAUGAUGAACCUUAUCGCAAUGGUCUUAAUGAUCUUUCAAUGCAACGUGACGCACCUGGAGUUUUAACCGAACAAAAGUAUUUGGAUGUUGGCAAUGAAAAGGCUGUGCAACAGGCCAGGGAACGUUAUAUACAGGAACAAAAAAGACCAAGAACUCCACAGGAAUUGGCCACAGAACAUUGGCACCGCAUGAUUCAGGCAACUAAAUGUCGUAAACCAUUGCCACGCGUCAUUCCAGUCUCAAAUAACACCUCCAAACGUUAUGAGCCUUAUGCCACCAUCUUGCAUCGUUGUGGCGAUGAUACCGGCUGUUGCGGUUCCACUGCCAGUGUCUGUACGGUUAAACGGCAUGAAAUCGUUAUGGUUUACGUUUUUUCAUACGACUUUAAUUAUCGCAAAGAAAUCGAGGCGUUACCAAUGCAAAAUCAUACCGAAUGUCAUUGCGUCAAUCGUGGCAGUUUAUUGCACGACUCUAUGCCACGUGAUAAAAGAUCUGGUGGUAGUGGAGCUGGUGGUGGUCUUGGCUCUACAAGUUAUUUGCAUCAUUUUCAACGGCAACAGCGAAAACAACAGCAUCGACAGUCACAGCCACAAUCACAGCAGCAGCUUCAGAGUCAUCAUCAACAGCAAUUGCAAAAUAUGCUAGAUUGCCAUUGUCCUCGGCACUUUAAUGUUUUCGAAGAGGAUGUAGAGCGUCAUGCCCAUCUACCCAAGCCACACAGUGUUUUCAUACGCAAAUGCCGUUGUGACUGUUUGGUCAAUAAUCAAACAUGUCUGCGGUUUAAACAUGGCGAAGAGGGAUUUUCCUUGGAAGAUCGCAAGUGCAUAUUGGAACGUAACUGUAAACCACCAGUUUGUUCAUACGGUGAAUAUAAUUUACGAGUUGGUCGAUGCCCCAGCUAUUAUAGAUCACAUCUCCUGCAAACAACUUGAAUACUCGUACAUUUUUUUUAAAUAAUACUUAACGAAUUUCCAUGUAGUUUUUUAUCUUAUAAGUAUUUUGAAUUAAGUCAUUUAGAAUUAAGAAAAAAAAUAUUGUUUUAUAGCUAGUUUUAGGUAAAUUAUUUUCGCAACUUGCCAUAACUAAAGCAAAACUAAAAAAAAACAACAUUUUCCUAAAUAUUUAACAAAAUAAGUAUUUAAACUAGAAUUUAAUAAAAGUCCUAUGAAUACUAUAAAUGUCUACGAAUCUAAACACAAGGGUGAUGAUAACGAUUUUUGAUUAUAUACACAUACAUAUAUUUUUAAGAUUUUAAAUUUAGUAAAAACAACUUACCAGUAUUGCACAAUAUUUUUCCAAAAUAUUUAACAAUUUUUUUAAAAUUAAAUUAAAGAAAUUUUACUUCUCUUUAAAAUUGUAUCUCUGACAAGCUCACAUAAAAACAUGAUGACAAUCUAUGGAUUUCUCAUUUGAGUAUUUUGUCUGGGGUGUCAUUAGGUAUUUCAAAUGGGCUCAGUUGAUAAAGUUCGCAAGGAUGGAAAAUAUUUAAUUGGAAACCCAAAAUUAUAUUAUUUAUGUAUAUUAAUAUGUUUAGAUAGCUUUUAAUUUCAAUUAUCUUUGAACAUUUUUAGUGCAUAUUAAGCUAACUUUACACUAUCUGUCGAUUCAACAGCUUAAAUGUCUUCAGCUAGUGUAACAGUUCAAUAUUCAGAAUAACUGGUGCAUAUUAAGCUACUUUUACACUAUAUGAAUUAUAAUAUGAGGGGUAUGUUAAUCAGCCCAUAAGCAGCUAUACUGUCUGAAAGCAUCUCAAUUAUUCAACUCAGAUGAGAACAGAAAUAGUGUAAACGUAGCUUUAUAAUUGUUUUUUAGGUGAGAAUAAAUAACAUUCGGAUAAUCGCUUAAAAAGAAGUAACAAAUAAUCGAGUAUUCGAAUAACUAUCUUUUAUUAACAAAAAUUGCAAGAAUUUUAUAAAUUAUUUUGAAAAACAAUAGUAUUUUACUAACAUUCUAUAUAUACAACAAUAGCGUUAUAAGUAAAUUAAUAAAUAAAUAAUUUUUGUAUAAUAAUCCGUACUUAACUACAUCUUAUUAUUAAGUUUAAUAUUAAUGUUUAAGGUACUUUAAAAUAUCAUUAUAAUGAAAAUACUAAAGCGAGUAUUUUUACAUACUAGAUUACGAGUAUUAUCUCACUUAAUUAAUACUUACAUACCCUACCCUAUGUACUAAAUAAUAAUCUAUAAGAAUAUAAAACUAUUUAAUGUUUUUAUUUUUUGGAUAUUUUUAUAAUUUUUGUUAUUUUUUUUAAAUAUUCUUUUUUUUGUAUAAUAAAUACUAGUCAGAUGACAUUAUUUAAAUAA